AAAUACAUUCCCAAAAAUGGGCUGAUUCACCUAUGACAGCUAAGCUCUGGCGUCUAGCCCGAUACUUCAAACCGACCCCCAAGAUGUCGCAAUUCCAAGACCUCUUCACCGCAGCAGCCCACCCUCUGCCCGCCAUCCACGACCCAACCUUUGGGUCCCACUUCGACACCUUCGGCGAUUACCGCGUCGUCCUCCUCGGCGACGGCACGCAUGGCACCUCGGAGUUCUACGCCGCCCGAGCGGAGAUCACCAAGCGCCUGAUCGAGCACCACGGCUUCAACAUCGUCGCCGUGGAAGCCGACUGGCCCGACGCGGAAUCCAUCGACCGGUACGUGCGCCAGCGCCCGGGGCCCCAGGCCCGCAUCCGACAGGGCGGGGAUGACGCGCAUGAGCCCUUCAAACGCUUCCCGACCUGGAUGUGGCGCAACCGCGAGACCCAGGACCUGGUCGAAUGGAUGCGCGACCGCAACGCGACGCGGACCGACCCCGCGCAGAAGGCCGGGUUCUACGGCCUCGACCUGUACAGCAUGGGCACGUCGAUUCAGGCGGUCAUCGACUACCUGGACCGCAUCGACCCGGCCGCGGGCAAGGACGCGCGCCGCCGCUACGGCUGCCUGCAACCGUGGGUGGAGGACCCCACGGCGUACGGGCUGGCCUCGCUGCGCGGCUUGGCGGACUGCGAGCAAGGGGUGGUGCAGAUGCUGCGCGACCUGCUGGCCCGGCGGCUGGAGUAUUCCGAAGAUGUGCACGACGGCGAGGAGUACCACAGCGGCCAGCAGAACGCGUACCUGGUGCGCGAUGCCGAGCGCUACUACAAGGCCAUGUACUACAGCUCGGCCUCGUCGUGGACGUUGCGCGACACGCACAUGGUGGACACGCUGCGCCGCGUGCUGAAGAGUCGGCCCGCGGGCAGCAAGGCCGUGGUCUGGGCCCACAACUCCCACUGCGGCGAUGCGCGCUUCACGAGCAUGGGCACGCGCCGCAAGGAGGUCAACAUCGGCCAGCUGUGUCGCGAGCGCUUCGGCCGCGAGAACGUCGCCACCCUCGGCUGCGGCACGCACACGGGCACCGUCGCCGCCGCCCACGAGUGGGACGAGGACAUGGAGAUCAUGGCCGUCCGGCCCUCGAGGCCCGAUAGCUGGGAGUGGGUGGCCCAUCACACGGGUAUCCCGCGUUUCGUGUGGGAUCUGCGCGAGGGGCGCAUCAGCCCCCGGCUCAAGGAGGCGAUGGCCGCUGAGAGUCAUAGGCUUGAGCGGUUCAUUGGCGUCAUCUACCGGCCGGACACCGAACGCAUGUCGCAUUACUCGCAGGCGGACCUGCAGCAGCAGUUCGACGCGUAUAUCUGGUUCGAUGAGACGGAGGCGGUGAAGCCGCUGGAGACGGUGCAGCCGAAAACGGUGAUGGGCAUGGAGGAAACAUAUCCUUUUGGAUUGUAGUGGCUCAUUCUGGUGUCUGUUGUUAAUUGUUGGUUAGUGAUAAGAUCAAGCAGUAGAAUGAAUAUGGCGGUAUGCAUGCACGUG